AAUUUUUAUUUAAUUUACAAUUAACGGAGUAACGUGUUCGAGAAAUGUUUAUUCACUAACUCAUUCCCAAAUGUAGAAAAUUGUGUGUGAUUUUAUUUCCUGUUGCUAGCGAAGAGGACAGCAACAAGUUUGUGUAAGAGCAGAUUGGAUUGUGAAAGCGCAGCAAAGAUUUGUCAACGCAAACAAAGAAGAAGAGCAUAACAGCGCCAUAGUAUUUGUUAAUAAUAAUAGCAGUCGCAGCAGCUGCUGCCGCUGAAGCGCCAAUAACGACAACAGCAGCCCCCAGCCCCAGUCCCUCAAUUGCGGAAGCUGAAACUGCCUUAUCGUGUGUUGCUUGUUGCCUUCGGGUGUGCUAAAAAUAAAACCCACCCACCCACACGACUACAGAUUUUGGCAACAGCACGGGGCAAGGUGAACCUGGUGUGGACUCUUCCAGCACGCUUCUGGCUAAGAAGGUUUAGCCAAUGCAGGGACAAUGCAGAAAUGAAAAUUCAUAAAUACAACGUACCACUGGGAAUUUCCGACCGUGAGGCGCGCUGAAUGAGAGUCCUUAAAGCAACAUGUCGGAUUUUGUGCCCCGCGACAUUCUGCCCGACUUGUGGCAGGAGAUACUUCAGCGUCACUGGUCGUUCCUCGAGACGGAGGAGAGCAUUCAAAAGCUCGAGGAGCGCAAGAAGCUAGAGGGCUGCCUCAAGGAGUUCCUCUGCGUGGUGCCGCACGAUCGCAAGUUCUUUCUGCCAGAGACAGGGCACAUCCUGCGCAAAUCAGUGCGAGAGCUGACCGACUUCACGGCGCAAAAUGCCAUCGUGGGAUUCGAGACUAUCAGCCAGUAUGCCAACAACUUGUUUACCAAACCCUGGCGGAAGGAGUACCGAACCCUCAAGACCUAUUCGGGAUGCUAUCAGCAUGACGUCCUGACUCGUCUGCUCGACGCUGACCAGCUCUUUCUGGCCAUGGGCUAUAGGCGCAUAUCGGAGGAUACAUUUGUCCUGGAGGGCCCCAUCUGCCCCGAUCAGGUGACAAAUGUAUCGCGUGAUGCCAUGGCCGCCUACGUAGAGUGCCAGAUCAUGAAGCAUAUCCAUGCAGGCGUCCAUGCAGAGGGAUUCCCAUGCAGCUGGAAGGAGAUUUUUCAAUAUCGAGAGCGCCACAUUGGAGGCACCACGCAUUCGAUCAAGGAGAUUGUCUUCCACCUGAAUGAGAAGCGACUGCGCAAGGAGAAAAUGUCGGACAACACAUACAGCAAUGUGGCGACAAUUGCCACCCAGCCCCCGAAGAGCAGGGUAGCGGAUGGCAGCGUGAGUGCGAGCCCCUGCGCUUUGCAUGGCAACAACCUGGUGCAUCCCGCUAGCUCAAACAGCUGCGCCAUUCAUCCCAAUGUUGUUUCCCCAAAUCUCAGUCACGACUCGUUGUCGGGGAAAUACUUACCGCCAUAUCCCGCACAUCCGCAGCAGCAGCCUCAGCUCCAGCAAACGGCUGGAGGAGGGCUAAUGACCCACUCGCGUAGCCUUGAUCACUACCAGGAGCCUCACAAUGUCCUCCCACAUCGACACUCCUUCGAUCAGCAGUGCCAGGCCAUGCAUCAGCACCCCCAUCUCUACGAGGAACCCUACGAUUGUCUGGACGGACUGAGUAUGGGCAGCAGUGCCUCCUAUGCGGCAGUCGCCGGUGGCUACAAUGCUCCUGGCAAUCGUUAUCCCCUUCCCUACAACAUCUCCAACCAACUGAAUGCCCAGUAUGCCACGCCCGCCGAUGUCUUUACGAAUUCAGAGCACAAUAUGUACGCGACCAUUGAGAAGACGGGCGUCUUGGCCUCUGGGCCGGUACACAGCUGUGACUAUCACAGGCGUCAGGGUCAGGCCCCACCCUCGGGGGCUGCCGUCGCCGCCAUGGCAGCCAUGCAGCACAGACAGAGCACGUAUCCGCCAGAUCAUCAUCUGAUCGAUUUCGACGAACGUGCCAAUUUGAUGCAGCACGACUAUGGUGCCCAUGACUACCAUCCGCGGCUGUACGAGCAACGGAGCCAUGGGGGCUACCUGCGUGGCAAUUCUGUAAUUUACGCGCCACCCCCUGAGCCGACGUCGUAUGGGGGCUACGACCUGCCCACGACGCUGCCACACUCGCAGCCGCCGCCACCGACUGCUCAAGACAGGUAUGUCUAUGCUCGGCCUGUGCCCAAGAGCAGUCGGACACGGGCGCUGGCGGAGUCUGGCUGCGACUCGCGACAAGCCGAUCGCGACCUGAUGCAGGAUCCGAUGGACAAUAAUCGCAAAAAGCACAAGGAAUUGAAGGAGCGGGCUAGUCGGACGGCGCCCGCGGAUGCAUACCACAGGAGAGCAGCAGUUAACGAUCCUGAUAUACCCACCACUGUUACGGACAUGACAGCGGGCUACGAGACGGCGAGUUUGGAAGAUUUCGUAACACUGAGCAGCGCAUCCCCGCCCCUGAUGCCCAAGGUGCAGGAGGGUGUCGGCAGCUUUGAGUCCUGGAACUAUGUAUUUAAGAACCUGGAGCGCUCUGGCUACUCCAAAGACUUGGGGGAUCGUGAGGAUUUGCUAGUGCAAAGCUUGGAUUUGGACUCGUUGAACAUAUCCAAUGACAGCGCAAAUCCUGCUGAAAAAAGUACGCGACGCGACACAGCCAAGACGCAGACGGUAACACGUGCAGCUAGUGCAGCUGCUGUGGAGGCAAGUGGUGGGAAGGGAACACGUUUCAGUUCAGCCACUACGGAGACAAGUGGGGGGAAGGCACGCACACUGGAGAAGAAGACUGGGGCCAUCCGAAGGGAGGCCAAGGUUGUGCAGGCGCCAGCGCCCACGUUGGUGCCGAACAGAAGCAGCACUGGCGUGAAGAAAGUGAAGUCCGCCUUGAAAACGGCCACAAUAGACAAUAGAGGCACAGGAUCGCGAAAUCGUAGCGGAGCUGGGCCAAAGCAGCCUCCGCCAGUGUCCACGCAACUGAUUGUGACGAGCCCGAAUGAGUGGAGUUGUCGUUUCUGCACGUUCCUUAACCCAGACACGAAGCGCAUCUGUGAGAUGUGCUGCCGCAGCAAGGAUUUCAAUCUGGAGGCAGCCACAGCGGCGUCGUCAUCGGCAGCGGCUGCAGCUGCAGCGGCGAGCGUCUCCCAUGCUUCCUCAACCUGCGUUUAGGCGAUAGACUGGACAAACUCCCCUCCCCCCUACACCUUCAUCCCCUUAGUGAUACAAAACAGUGCAGUGAAAAGCUAAAUAUAUUUUUAUACGACCCAUAUGUAGCCCUGUGCGUGUCUCUAAGAUCUAGUCUCGUAGCCUACGAAUCGCAGCCACCUUUUGUUGUGGAGCGAAGGAGCAUCACCAGCAGGGCAGGUGCAUCACCUGCAUCUAGUGCAUACGAACUAUUCUAUUUAGUUAGCCCUACCUGUAAACACACGCUUUAAUUAGUUAUAGAUUGUUUCCCCGUUGUUGAGGCCGCCGCUUCUGUUUCAAAUUAGUGCCUCCCUGUCUGCUGUCCCCACACUAGCAUACAGUAUACAUGCGAAAACAUAUUGAUUUUAUAGAUUUGUGAGCGCGUGCCAGACAGCGAGAGAGUAAAACACGAACUUUGUAUAUUUGUAGGAAAUGGAAAAACAACUGAUAAUUAUAUACCUUAUAUUCAUAGUUGCAUUCAUAGUACGUACAUAUAUCCGAAACUGAGCGAAAAUGAACUUUAUAUUCAUACAUAUAUAUAUAUUCACCAAAUCUCGAACAGCCAAUAUACCUUUAUUGACCUUUUCAUACUAAAUAAUACCUAUAACUGUAGCAUAAGUAAUUGAAAUUUAAGUAACGAUCGAGCAGAAAGAACAGAACUGGUACGGGUAAGGGUACGGGUACGAGUACGGGUACGGGUUGUUAACUUACAAUUUUUGAUUCGAAUUUUACUGAAAGGAAGUAAGAGUAUAGUGCAAAUAUCUACAAAUGAACUAUUAUACGUUUAUUCUCCCCAGUCCUCCCCUCAUGAGAGGAGCAGAGGAGCUCAACGGAAUUCAAAAGGGCAUAGACAGAGGAUCAAGCAAACUGCUCAUCCCACCCACCCCAAUGCUAGAUAGCCAGAACCCCGCCACACGAGCACACAGACAGUGUCCCCCCUCCCACGCAAUGCAAUUUGUUUGUUGAAAUGUUAAGAUUAAUGUUGAUAGAGUAGGAACCCUGAAAGAUGCGAAAGCAUAUACGAUAUUUUUAUAAAUAAAAGAAACCACGUACCUAUUGCUCUUUGUUAAA